CGCUGCCCGGAGCCACCGCACCCUGCGCCCCGUGCGAGGGCGUCGCUCGCGGUCCCCGGCUCAGCCGCCCGGGAGGCCCAACCGGCGCGCAAACUUUUGCUCCAGUGCCCGGCGCUCCGCCCGGGCAAGUGAAGCACUCGGGCGCCUGCACAGCCCCCAGGUUCGCCCAGGAGCGGGCGCCGCGGGCCGAGAUGCUCCUCCGGGACCUGGUGCUGCGCCGCGGCUGCUGCUGGCCCUCGCUGCUGCUGCACUGCGCUCUCCACCCGCUCUGGGGCUUCGUGCAGGUGACACACGGGGAGCCCCAGAAGUCCUGCUCCAAGGUGACCGACAGCUGCCGACACGUCUGCCAGUGCCGGCCCCCGCCCCCGCUGCCCCCGCCGCCCCCGCCCCCGCCGCCUCCCAGGCUGCUCUCCGCCCCAGCUCCCAACUCUACCUCUUGCCCCGCUGAGGAAAGCUGGUGGUCGGGGCUGGUGAUCAUCAUUGCCGUAUGCUGUGCCUCCCUGGUGUUUCUGACUGUGCUCGUCAUCAUUUGCUACAAAGCCAUAAAAAGGAAACCACUGAGAAAGGACGAAAACGGCACCAGCGUUGCUGAGUAUCCCAUGAGCUCUUCGCAGAGCAGCAAAGGGGUGGAUGUGAACAACGCGGUGGUGUGAGUCUGCGAGCCUUGGACCUGCCAGCCAGAGGGACACCUUGGUGGCGUAGCGGACAUGGGAAAGCAGGUGGACACGAGCUGACACUGGGCUUGUCCAGGACUUCAUUGCCUUGCAGGCCUGGAGCCUCCCAAAGGAGAAACAAUCCUCUUCCCAGGCUCGCCUCUGGUCUGCCCGGGCAGGGGCAGCUCGGACCAGGCUGAGCCUGGCUGACCCUGCAUGCGGCACCGGGGCAGCCUCCCCACCCGAGACCCUGCGCACCCCUCCUUGUCUGGCGUCUGACCUGCCACCCGCCCGCGGCUGCUGUCUAGAGCACGCGCACUGAUGAAGGCGGGGCCGCUAUUUGCUGGGGCGGGAGGCCUCCCCCUUUGCCAAAAAGACAGGUGGUCCAGGGCCCACUCCCCUUCCUGAAACCCUCUCCUCCUCCCAGGAAGCCCACCUGCUUCUCUGUUGACGUUCCCAGCAGAAGCCAUCGGCAUAGCCAGGAGACAGACGUCCCCUUUCAAAGGUGCUUCCCAUCCAUCUGUCUGCCACCCCGUCUGUGAUUGUCUUCAGUCUUCAGGGCCUGCCUUCUCCCUUCUGUCCCCACUGAUGCAGGGGCCCUCGGCUCCCGACUGCUCGCCAUGGAGAGCUACGAGCCCGGCCGGCGAAUCCCCUCCCGAGCAGACAAAGGGGCUCGUGUACACUGCAGGGUGGUGUCUGGCCUUCCAUGGGCAAAAUGACUCCCUGCAGUCUAAGCCGGGAGCCCCCAGGCAAGGGCAGAGGCCACUCACCUGUUCUCAGACUCAUUCCCACACCUGACCCCAUAGGAACUGAAGCAUCCGUGUGAGCCAGGCCUUGCCUUAGUUGGGCAGAGGCCACCACUGUGCCAAACCCACUGCGGGCACCCUGUACUAGGCUGGCGCCGAGUCUGCCUGACCCCAUGGUACUCAGACCCAAUCCCCGCCUCACCUAGAAGGAGGUGAUCUAAAUGUCUCUUCCCGCGGUCGUAUGCUGUGAAAGUGCUGAGCCCUCCAGGGCGGUUGGAGGAUGAGGGAAUGAACGGGAUGGCAGGAGAGGAACCCUCGAGGCUUGGUAAACCCAACGGACCCGCCCUCGCCCACCUGGCCUGUCUCCCAGGUGGCCACCUGCCCCGUGGGACACAUCAGAGGGUCCAUGGAGACAGCAGCCUUGUGAUCUUGCAUGCCCUGGCAGAUUAGGAGGACACUCCUGACCCUGUGGCUCCCCCACCACCCACGCUUGCUCGAAAGGAACCAGCGCACUGAAUGGUUCCACCCUCAAGCCGCGUAGGGAUGUAGCUGGGUGGACUUGGUCUGCCUCCUAAACCCCCUGUCCUUCUCUGGCAGGUGUUUGGGCUAUAGGUAAGGCUUUCAAACCCAGGGAAGACUGACAGACGUGAAAACCAGUCCCCAUUUGGGCAGAACCUUUAAAUAUCCUAGCACACACAGAUAUGUCUGUGUGUCAUUGUGUCUGUGUGUCAUUGUCCCGCCCCCGGGUCAGUGGGUACAGGCUGCGGACAGGCCAGGGGCACACCCUCCCACAGAGGGUUCUUUUCUUUUCUUCUUUGCCUUCUGUUUGAGGAUUUCUUAGAGGUUUGGAGUUGGAUCUGGCUUUCCCAGUGCGCCUUGGCAUGGGCACAGUGCUGGCGAUGGCUUUCUCUGUUGCCACCCCUGCCCCCAGCCAGGUGAGCACUUUACAGAGCUCUUGGAAUGCAGAGCCAGGUGACAAACAAACCAGAGGAUGUGGGUCAGUGGCAGGGCAGGGGUAGGAAACCCCGCAGACCUGGCCCCAGGGCACACUCUACCCCACUGGAGGCCCAGAGUUUGCGAUUAGCCUAAUCCUAAUCUGCAACCUCCUGGCGCCUGCAGAACCCCGUGCCUGCACCCCAAGCAACACCUGGGCAGGACCUCGGCCCUGAACACACACGCUGUGGGCUUCACCAGGAGAAAAUGCCUGUGCCUUGGCUGGUCGGAAGCUCGGGAGUGAUCAGAGGGCCACUUCGGCCAGAGGGGAGACUUCAGUCUAAGGAACCAUGGAGUGCCGGCAGCUUGCGCGCUCACCCACUGGGUCCCACCCACACGACCUUGGCUUAAAUUGAGGAGGCUCCAAUUUUGUCAUUAGCCUAAUCCUCAGCCCCAGGCGAGGCUCCCUGGUGGGGAACCACAGCUGAGCCAUCAUCAUGCUUUGGGGCCUGUGCCCCUUCCCUGAGCCACUGGCACACCCGGCUCCAGUUUGCGCAUAAAUGUACACUCAGUUGGGUUUGUGAAACCUCUUCUCACCUGGUGGGUGAAAACCGGUUUUUAAAAAGGAUUCGCUGAGGACCAACCCCUGAGACCCAGAACCAGAUACUCGCAAGAUGCAUCUCGUGGGCAGCAAGAGUCCCGCCAGAUUUUUAGCGUAGGAGACUGAAUCGCACUGAAGACCACGCCCGCCUAGCAUCUGAGCUUAGACCUUUGACUUAAAAUGAAUCCCCAACCCCUGAACGCAGACCGAGAUCCUCAGGCCGGUUGGAGCUCAGAGGCUGCGAAUGAAGUGCACAUUCCUCCCCGUUCUCUCGAAUAGAUCUUUCCCAGCCUUCUCGUAGUUGAGCCCAAGUUUGGAACUCGGUGAGACGUAGGGUCUCCCAGAGGUUUCAGGUGUUCCCGAGAAGCUUCUAAGGGAAGUGUUUGGAAGAAAGACAAAUAGGUGUAAAAAUAUAAACAUAUAUAUUAUAAAUAGUUACAUAUAUAUUUAAAGAGAUAUCUAUAUGUGUAAUCACCGUACUCUCUGCAUCCGUACCGCGUGUGAGUCCAGCCGCCCCGGUAGUGCAAGACGUGCAAUGCAUGAGUGUAAAUACCCGACGUCUGCCUUCUUGGCCGUGUGCCGUGUGCCAUGUGCCGUGUGCCGUGUGCGGGGGGAUGACGCUUGUCCCUGGGAGUUCUCUCAACGGGCAAGUGCACAAGUCGACGCGGUCUCGUCCGCCAGCUAGCCGUGAAUGUGGACUUUGUGCUGGGACUUUGGUACCGGCAGCGUCGGGGUGCGCUGUAUGCUACUUACGAGGAAGACAGCACCAUGACUUUUUUAUUUUCAAUAAAACUAUACUUAUAAAGAC